UGUGAUGUGAUGGUUUGGCGGUGGCUCGGCGAGGAGAACGCUCGCCUCCUCCUACUCGCCGGUCUUCUUCUCGCUUAUAUGUCAGCUGGAGCGUUGCUCUUCCAAUUCCUCGAAGAAGAACCUGAACCGGUCCUUGCCACAUACCUCAAGCUCAUACCGAACAUCACUGAAGAACAAGCGGAUUUACUACACAGUUUGAUUUCAAACACGACCAGACCGAAAUGGGACUACGCCGGGAGUUUUCACUUUGCCGCAACAAUUGUCUCCACAAUUGGCUAUGGCAGCAGUACACCGAACACUCCGGCUGGUCGAGUAGCGGUCAUCGUUUACGGCUUCCUCGGAUGUUCAGGAGGAAUCCUUUUCUUUAACUUAUUUCUGGAGAGGAUUAUAAGUUUGUUAGCUUUGUUCUUGGGAUACCUUCAUGUUAGGAAACUUCAGAAGGCGGGGACGAAUAUGGACGACGAGGAUCCUUUAGAGGACUGGAAACCGAACGUUUACCUCGUUCUAGUGUGCUUGACGAUCGGUUCAGUUUUAGUGGCAAUAAUCGCAUCAUGUAUUUAUACGGCGUACGAAGGCUGGACAUUUUUGGAAUCUCUGUAUUUCUGUUUUGUAUCUUUUUCUACGAUAGGAUUCGGCGAUUACGUCUCGACGCAGCAGGAGCCGGAUUCGAAUUUCACGCUUUAUCGCUUGGGCAAUUUUACAUUUUUGGCGAUCGGCUGCUGUUUCAUCUAUUCGCUCUUUAACGUGACGUCUAUCGUAAUUAAACAAGCACUGAAUUGGAUGCUCAUCCGGCUCGAUUGUCACAACUGCGGCCGGGCUUCCGACAAAGCGACUAAAAUGCUCCGGAGGCAUUCUUUGAAAAUCCAGCACAGGACGAGGAGGCGGUCGAGCUUUGCCCUGCCAAAAACAAUCCGGAAAAAGUCGGAUUCCGGUGUGAGUACGACAGAUUCCAGCGGCAGGAGGUUGUCGGGAGAGAUAUCCAUGAAAGAGCUUAUGAUCGGCAACAAAGUUUCUUUAGCCGUUAUGCAAAAACAACUUUACGAAACUGCUAUGAUGCAAAGGGGUUACUACAACACGCAAGAAGAAACGAUGACAAGUCGUUUCACGCCGGGUAUGGUCGGCCCUUUAGCAAUAAUAUCACAGAAGCUCGAGUCCUCUAGUAGUUGAUAAAAUACAAGACGUUCUAUUUGAAAAAUUUGGUUUAGGUCAAACGGCAUAUGCUAAACUCAAUUUUUAAUAUGAGUACAAUUAUUUGGCAUCACCCGAACGUUGAGCGAUACGUAAAGAUCAACAAUUUCUUUACGAAACACGACCUUUUAACGUGUUUUUAAAAAUACGUCCUUACGCAAGAAUCUCUUCCGCUGGACAACCACAGAUUGCAUGGUAGUUCGGAUUAGGUGAAAUACGCGUGGUAGAAUAUAAUCUAGAGUUGCUGAAAAAGGUGGACUUGAAGCAAUUAAGACCCGUCCUUCAUGUUGAACACCUCGAGAAGAACAAGUUUACAAAUCGCAGUGUCCUAUUA